GACUGCUUUGCCAUUCUCCGUAUCAAUCACACUCUACAUCCAACGAAAAAAUCUCCUGCUCUUCUCUUCUGACCUCUCCCUCGGCCAUCGACCAGGCAAGUUCCCGCUUUCAUCUCCUUGGUUGCUGAGUCGUCGUGCUUCCAGACCAGUGUCAUCGCUUCUGCCACCGUAGCUCCACCUGGCCGGUCGCCAGUCGUUCCUCCACAUCGAUAUGAGGUUUAGUUCUCCUUCGAAAACUAUUGUGGACAACAUUGUCGUCCUCAGUCGUCGCCUCCCUCGUGUGAUUGCAAAGCCAGAGGAGCGGAAAACUCUACUUUUGGGGUUUGAGUUGCUGAAGUUGGGCAUUAAUUCUUGUUACACGGGGCAUCUACAACACCCUUAUUGCUCCAUUAAAACUAUUGACAAAGAUGGGAUGGGCUCUGCUGGUAUGAAGUCCUUCAGAGCAUUAGCGCUCUUUGGUGCUGGAGUUUCCGGGCUUAUUGGAUUUGCAACAAUUUCUUACUCAGAUGAAGCAGAGCAUGGCUUAGAGUCUCCAAGCUAUCCAUGGCCUCACAAAGGCAUUCUCAGCUCAUAUGACCACUCUUCAAUUCGUCGAGGUCACAAGGUUUACACGGAAGUGUGUGCAUCUUGCCAUUCAAUGUCACUGGUUUCAUAUCGCGAUCUUGUUGGUGUGGCAUACACUGAGGAAGAAACAAAGGCAAUGGCUGCUGAGAUUGAAGUGGUCGAUGGCCCUAAUGAUGAAGGCGAGAUGUUCACACGUCCUGGAAAGCUCAGUGAUCGGUUUCCACAGCCUUAUGCAAACGAAGCUGCUGCAAGGUUUGCUAAUGGAGGGGCUUAUCCACCUGAUCUAAGUCUCAUUACGAAGGCCCGUCACAAUGGUCAAAAUUAUGUUUUUGCACUUCUUACCGGCUAUCGUGAUCCACCUGCUGGUGUCUCGAUUCGUGAAGGGCUUCACUAUAACCCCUACUUCCCUGGUGGUGCAAUUGCUAUGCCUAAAAUGCUAAACGAUGGUGCUGUUGAAUAUGAAGAUGGUACUCCUGCAACAGAAGCACAGAUGGGAAAAGAUGUUGUAUCAUUUUUGUCAUGGGCUGCUGAGCCAGAAAUGGAAGAGAGAAAACUGAUGGGGUUCAAGUGGAUAUUUGUGCUAUCACUUGCACUUCUUCAAGCAGCAUAUUACCGGCGGUUGAGGUGGUCGGUUCUCAAGUCAAGGAAGCUGGUUGUUGAUGUUGUCAAUUGAUCCUUCAAUCCCACUUUUUUCGCUAUGAACGUUUGGGGUCCAUCUUGGAGGAUAUUUUUAAAAAUAAUAAUGCUACAGUGCAACUUUCAAUUAGUUUGGCACUUUGGGUUGUAUUUCAAUAGGUUAGGUGAUGAUGAUGAAGUGAAUCCAUCUUUCAACAAUUCUUUGAUGUAUUUUGGAAAUAAGACAGCACUCAAAUACAGUCCACCGCCCCCUUUACUAUAGUUUUUUUUGUAGUUUACCUUUCACAUUUUUUGGUGUCUAGUGACCUUGCGUCAUUGGCUUAUUGCUACAUUCUCAAGUUGAUGUGUUUUCCAAGUUCUUCCUUGGUAUUACUU